AUGAGCUUCGAAAGAGCUUUAGAACUGACUCAGGUGAUCUUCUUUUUAUUCGUAUUUCUUGUUCUACCUUUUGUUUCGCUGGCUGUUCCAGUUUAUCUUGUGUUGUAUACCUCUUUCUGGUGGUUGGUGGGCUUCUACUUGGUUUGGCUAUAUUAUGAUUGGGAGUUGAUCACUGAAAGUUGUCGGGCAUGGGAGUGGAUGAGGAAUCACAAGUUCUGGGACAGUUUGGCCAACUAUUUCCCGAUGAGUUUGGAGAAGACAAUGGACUUGGAUCCGAAUAGGAAUUACUUGUUUGCGUGAGUUUAUUUGAUUGUUUAGGUAUCAAUCUUGCAUUUUAAAAGACGAGAGUUGUUACCUUUUGCUAGAAAUUGUUUUUUAGAGUAAAUUAAUGUGCAAAAAUUACCCUUUUUCUAUUUCAGAUGGCAUCCUCACGGUAUCAUUUCUUUAUCAGCUGUUAUCAACGUGUGUACCAAUGGCACCAAGUUUGUAGAAACCUACCCUGGGAUCACUCGUUACUUGGCCACUUUGGAUAUGCACUUUAAGCAACCCUUCAGAAGAGAACUGAUUGCUGCGUUUGGUCUUGUUGGAGCUUCUUUCAAAGCCUUGGUCAACGUUCUCUCAGAUGCCAACAAGGGAAAAGCUGUUGUUCUUGUGGUAGGAGGAGCAGAAGAAGCAUUGGAAUGUCAUCCUGACAUCUACAAGUUGUGUUUGGAGAGGAGGAAAGGCUUCAUUCGCGUAGCACUCGAAACUGGAGCUGAUUUGGUGCCAGUUUAUUCGUUUGGAGAGACGAGUACCUUCAAACAAGUUUGGAAUCCAGUUGGAUCGAGGCUGAGAACGCUUCAGACCAAGAUAAAGGAUAUUGUUGGACUGAGUCCGGUGCUGGCUUACGGUGUUGCUUUUAUUCCACACAUGCCUACAAUCAUUCCGUUCAGGACAAAAGUGGUCAGUGUUGGUAAGGGCCUCUUUGAUUACCUAUUUGAUAUUAACUUCGUAUUUUAGGAAAAGUGUAUUUUGAGAAGAUUUUCCUUUAAAACUGACAGUAUUAAUUUGCAGUUGGAGCUCCGAUUCGAGUAGAAAGGAAUCAAAAUCCGAGCAGAGAAGAAGUUGACGAGCUUCACAAACUGUACAAGACGAAGCUGGUCGAGUUAUUCGAAUCCCACAAAGCUAAGUACGGUGUUCCUAAAGAUUCUCAUCUUGAAUUCUAUUAA